CCGGGCCGGGUGGUGGGCAGCCGCCGGCGCCCGCCGCGCAAGCUCGUGCCGCUCGCCUAUAAGCAGUUCAGUCCCAACGUGCCGGAGAAGACCCUGGGCGCCAGCGGGCGCUAUGAAGGCAAGAUCGCGCGCAGUUCGGAGCGCUUCAAGGAGCUCACUCCCAACUACAACCCCGACAUCAUCUUCAAGGACGAGGAGAACACGGGCGCCGACCGUCUCAUGACCCAGCGCUGCAAGGACCGCCUGAACUCCCUGGCCAUCUCGGUGAUGAACCAAUGGCCUGGCGUGAAGCUGCGGGUGACCGAGGGCUGGGACGAAGACGGUCACCACUCGGAGGAGUCGCUGCACUAUGAGGGCCGCGCAGUGGACAUCACCACGUCGGACCGCGACCGCAAUAAGUAUGGACUGCUGGCACGUUUGGCAGUGGAGGCCGGCUUCGACUGGGUGUAUUACGAGUCCAAGGCCCACGUGCACUGCUCCGUCAAGUCCGAGCACUCAGCCGCGGCCAAGACAGGUGGCUGCUUCCCUGCUGGAGCCCAGGUGCGCCUGGAGAGCGGGGCACGUGUGGCUUUGUCAGCUGUGAGGCCAGGAGACCGAGUGCUGGCCAUGGGGGAGGAUGGGAACCCCACCUUCAGCGACGUGCUCAUUUUCUUGGAUCGAGAGCCAGAUAGGCUGAGGGCCUUCCAGGUCAUCGAGACCCAGGACCCCCCGCGCCGCUUGGCACUCACUCCUGCCCACCUGCUCUUCACUGCCAACAACCACACAGAACCGGCAGCCCACUUCCGGGCCACAUUUGCUAGUCAAGUUCAGCCUGGUCAAUAUGUGCUGGUGGCUGGGGUGCCAGGCCUGCAGCCUGCCCGAGUGGCAGCUGUCUCCACACACAUUGCCCUUGGGGCCUAUGCCCCACUAACGAGGCACGGGACACUGGUGGUAGAGGAUGUGGUGGCCUCCUGCUUCGCAGCCGUGGCUGACCACCACCUGGCUCAGUGGGUCUUCUGGCCCCUGCGACUAUUUCACAACUUGGCGUGGAGCAGCUGGACCCCAGGGGAGGGUGUGCACUGGUACCCCCAGCUGCUCUACCGCCUGGGACAGCUCUUGCUGGAAGAGAACAACUUUCACUCGCUGGGCAUGGCAGUGCCAGGGAGCUGAAAAGAUCCUUUCACUGCCCUCCCGAGACUGCCCAACUGGAUCCAAAGGCCUUCCUGCCAGGAAGGCAUUGGCCCUGGAAGGGACCUGAGCAGGGGGCACUGGAUCCCACCAUCUCUUCCACCACAGAGAUAUACUAUUGAGACUUGACUGGGUGAUGCCAGUGUCCCCCCACCACCAUCUUGGUGUAGUGACAGAGCUGCAAGCUGAGCUGGCAAUGGGGCGGGGUGGUCUAUCUUUCUAUCCUAUAGACCUCGAAGCUGGCACGGUGGGUCCCAACCCAGCCAGUUCUCACUGCAAUUUUUCAUACCUGCCUCCCCCAAUGGGGUGAGCCCAUUCCAUUUGUCUUAGGCCCCUCUUCGGUGGGCUUGCACCUCAGUUGAUGCUGCUAGAU